CUCUCUCCCACACACACACACACACACUCCAGAAGACUGAAGAGUGACAGAGCUUCACAGUAGCAGUGAACGCUGCGCUGGAGAGGAGGGGUGACGGGGAGCUGUCUACUGUACACUACAGUAAUGAGAUUAUUCACCUCCUAAAGCUUCUUCUAAAUAGUAGUAGUUGCGCUAUUUCUCGCGCGCCGCGCCACAUGUGCUCGCGUGUGCGCGGACGAGGACUCGUCUGCUCCCUCUUUCUGCUCGACUCCUGCCAGGAAAAGCGUAACGUUUAAUGACAAUAUUUUUUGAAAAGAAACUGCUUAUUGGAACCUCUCUGGCCAUAUGCGCACAUGACUUUUUUAAUACAGAAGAGGUGGACGGAGGUUACAUUUGUUGUCGUCUGCUACGUCUAGGGUUGAACUUUUUUUCAACGCGGUUGAGCGAAACAGACCCCGCGAGCCAUGGAGAACCACACAGACUCGCAGAGCAGCACAGAGGACGUUCGUAAGAGCGGGUAUCUCCGCAAGCAGAAAUCCAUGCACCGGCGGUACUUCGUGCUGCGGACGGCUUCGGAGCGUGGUCCGGCCCGACUCGAGUACUACGAGAGCGAGAAAAAAUUUAGAGGUAAAGCGCCCGUGCCUAAAAAGGCUUUGGCGCUGGAGACGUGCUUCAACAUCAACAAACGAGCUGACUCGAAGAACAAACACAUGAUAGUGCUCUACACACGGGCUGAGAGUUUCGUGGUGGCGGCGGAGAACGAGACGGAUCAGGAGGAGUGGUACCAGGCGAUGGUGGAACUUCAAUGCAAGAGUAAAGCACUCUGUGACAGUGCGAAUGGGGGAGACUAUGGAUUACCAUCCCCUGGUCCUGCCUUCAAGGAAGUCUGGCAAGUAAAAGUUUGGCCUAAAGGUCUGGGCCAAGCCAAGAACCUUGUUGGCAUCUACCGGCUCUGCCUGACUGAAAAGACAGUCAACUUUGUCAAGCUUAACUCUGAUGCAGCUGCUGUCGUGCUCCAGCUUAUGAAUGUGAGGCGUUGUGGUCAUUCUGAAAACUUCUUCUUCGUGGAGGUGGGUCGCUCUGCAGUAACUGGCCCUGGAGAGUUUUGGAUGCAAGUGGAAGACUCUGUGGUAGCACAGAAUAUGCAUGAGACUCUGCUGGAAGCCAUGAAGGCUCUGAGUGAGGAGUUUCGCCAACGUAGCAAGUCUCAGUCAGCUGCCGCUGGAGCGGGAGGUGGCACCACUUCAUCAAAUCCUAUUAGUGUUCCAUCUCGACGGCAUCACCCCAAUCCUCCACCCAGUCAGGUUGGAUUCACAAGACGUCCACGGACUGAACCACCUGGGACUACCGGAGGAUGUAACAGCACUUCUCCAACUUCUCGCCACAGCUUUCCCCGAACUCGAACAUCCAAUGAUGGUGGAAAAGUUGAUGAUGGAGGUGGUGCAACAACUGGAGGGAUUGCAUCAUGCUCAAAUUCCACAACUAAUGGAUCAUGUUCUAAUACUCCUAUACUGAGAUCAACAUCCGUUCAUGCACCAACCCCAGUCAAAGCACAGCAUGCACUAAUGAGAUCCACCUCAACCCCUGCUCCUUCAACUGCACCAAGCCUGCCUUCUGGCUCAGGACAUGGAUCUGAGUUUUGGGCAGUAGGAACUGGGACAAGCAGCAGUGGUGGGGGUGGUAAUGGUAGCAUGUACAGUCGAAUACCUCUCCGACAGCCCUCUGUCUCUGGUUCUCUUAGCGACUAUGGUUCCUCAGAUGAAUACGGCUCCAGCCCUGGAGAUCAUUCUCUGCUAACUCCAACAAUGCAGGCAGAGUCUGCAGGCAGCUCAGGUGGGCAUUCUGUUGGGGAUGAAGCAUCCAACUACAUCCUAAUGAGUCAGAGAGGAGCAUCCAAACCUCAGCCAGGCCAAAAUGCAUUGCCACAAACCAGGAGAGUUCUGAGGCGCUCCUCUAGCAGAGAAUGUGAAGCGGAGCGCAGGAUAAUGAGCAAGCGGGCUUCCUUGCCACCCAUGGCCUUAGAGAGACUUGCACCACACCAUCGAGCUGGGGAUGAAGCUGUUGAAGAGGAUGACUAUGCAAUUAUGACUCACACCACCACCAGCCGAGAAUCCUUUCGAUCAAAGCAGGAUUCUGGAGCGGCAGCAAGUGGAACAGGCUACUUGGAGAUAGCUGCGGAGCCUAAAAGUGAUGCUGGUAGCGGUGAAACAGGUGUCCCUGAUGCCACUGGAGUAGCUAAUGGAGCAAUGGAUAAUGGCUACAUGUCCAUGUUGCCAGGAGUUACAGCUCCCCCAGUAUCCCUUUUUCAUUCCCUCUCAGUAACAAUUUCAGAUCCAGACUCAAAAUCUGCUGAUGACUACAUGGCCAUGACCCCCAAUAAUAGCAUUUCACCCCCACGGCAGAUCCGUCCACCAUCUUUUGGCACAGAUGGCUACAUGAUGAUGUCUCCCAAUAGUAGCUGUUCACCAGACCAACGAGGGGUCCCUACUGUCUGGAUUGGCAGCAGCAGUGCUGACAGCCGAACUGGCAGUGACUACAUGAAUAUGUCACCUAUCAGCGCCCGCUCUGCCAGUAGUACCCCGCCACCAGCUGAGCCCCACACUCCAUCUGACCAGCAUUCUCAGCAGCCUCCACCUAAGAUGGUAUAUUCCUACUAUUCUCUACCCCGCUCCUACAAACAUAAUACUUCAACACACUUUGGGGAAGGGCCAGGAAGAGGAAAGCAUCUGGUUAGUGGUGAUAGAGGUCUUUGUGGAGGUAGGGGGCUUAUUAAUAGCAAAGCUAAGCAUCAGGAACCCCCUGUUGGCCGACAUCUGUCCCUUUCAUCGUCCUCAUACUCCUCCAGUUCUGCUAGCAGUGAGAGCCUAGGUGAAGGGGAAGAAAAGACUGUCAAAGUGACAGGAGGAGCAGCAACAAGUACUUCUGCAAAGGAUGCUGAGCAAGGAUCCUUGCAGCAAAGACAAGGGUCUGGAAGGGUAAAGCAAGGACAUCUUGGUCAGAGGGGCAGGCCUGUUAGCCUGUUUGUGGAUGUCUCUAAAGCCAACACUUUACCCAGAGUUCGUGAGACACCCCUUCCUGCUGAGCCUAAGAGCCCUGGGGAGUAUGUCAGUAUUGAGUUCAAGGGUGAGAGGAACCUAAAGGCAGGAGGAAAUGGAACCAGUGGAUUUCGGCAAGAUGCUUCUCUUCCACCCAAUACCCACCGCAACUUACCCAGGCCUACCUCUUGUGUCGCUGGGUUCUUGCCUUUCUCGCAUAGCUCUUCAACCCCUGUCCCUCCAUCAACUGCCUCUGAGUAUGUCAAUAUGGAGCUAGGAGUUUCACCAUCCCCCUCACCAAUCUCCCUCACAUCACUUGGAUUUCCACCAUUUCCCACCCCUCCUGUCACACCUGUAGCAGCCCCUAAAGCUUAUGAUGAGCAAAGAUCAACAGUUCUAAAUGACGAUGAUGAAGAGAGUGAGAUGGGACAUAGAAAAAGCAGGCAGGUAUCAGUACCACAGCCAGAAGACUCACCCCCAGCCUGUGGUGACUACACAAAGAUGGCCUUUAGCCUGAACUUAGGCAGCACGUUAAGUUGUUCAUCACCAAAAGCCUCUUUGCUAGACCAGCCUGAGUCGGUAGUUCCAGCCCUAGGUUUGGGACUAGGACUAGACUUUCCACUUGCCAAAAUCCCAAACCCAGAUCACGGGGCUAAAGUAAUCAGAGCAGAUCCUCAAGGUCGUCGACGCCACUGCUCUGAAACGUUCCAAGCUCCUUCCUCGCUUCUUUCUUGCUCUGCAACAACAUCUUCCUCUGCAUUCCCUGAUCACACCCAAAUUAUGGCCCGUCGGCAUGGUUUUGAGGGUAUGCUUUGGGGGAACAGUGGCUCAGCAGACAUCUCAUCUCAGUUCAUCAAUCCUGGACUACCCAGUCUAUCUGUUUCACAGACAUCCUCCAUGGAACAGGGCCUCAAUUACAUAGACUUGGACCUGGCUAACAAGGAAAACUCCCAUACUGCCACAGAUGGGCAAGCAACUGUCCACACACCUGUUGCCCGUAUCUUUUCCUCUGUGCUGGGUGGAGGAGCAGCAGGGGGCUCUGUGGGAACUGGUGGUUCAGGCGGUAGUGCUUCAAACCUCAACAUGUACGCUAGCAUUGACUUCUACAAGUCAGAGGAGCUACGGACACACCAAGGUAGCAGCAAAGAUAGUACAGAGUUCAGUUGCUCAAUUCUGUCUUUGGCCAUGACCACCCUCCUCAAACGUGUGCUCACUCUCCAGAGAUGGGAUCUGGCCUUCUCUGCACAAACACACAAAUAAUGUUGAUGCCGUAGCAACAUGGAACUCUGGGAGACGGAACACCGGCGCUCUCCCGUGCACCUGAAUGCAGAGCAGAAACACGGAGUAAGGUGUGAGAACAAAGCCCAACAAACUUCGCAAGCACUUUUGAAAGACUGCUGCAGUGAUUGGUUGCUGCAACCAACGGGAACAUGCGCCAGACGAGAAGAGCAACAACCGCCUGUGCUCUCUGGACUCUCAACAGACAAGCACAGUAACCUAUCAGAGAGGAAAAUGAAGACUAUGGAGCCAAUGACAAUGACCUUCAACAGAAACUUGAACAGUUUGUGUCCAAUAUUCACAAAAAUGGUUUCAGUGAUUCAGUCACAGUUGUUGAACAUAUUAUGUGUACUCAAAAAGUGCCUCUGGUUUUUGAUUGUCGCUUUCUGAAUAUAGACUUUAAAUUGUUCCAGAAUUGACUGAUGUGCUUGAAAAUAAGGUUGCUAUUCUUUAAUUUUAUGUACAUUUUAUGACAGGAAAAGAGGGUCUUUAAAAAGCAUUGCGGCAAGACAUCAACAACACUGAUGGUAAUUCUUCUGGUGAUAAUGAUGAAGUAAUUAUGAAUAUCACAUAGUGUUCUUCGUGGUGUUUAGCUAAUCCAGCAUCACAGAUGCGUUAACUGUCUGGUUCAUCGUCCUUCCCUGUUCCAUGUUUCUUGUUUCUUUCUUUACCCCCUUUGCCCCAUGCGUGACAUGUUCUAGCCAUGCAUUAGUAUUUAAGUGCCUGUCUCUUUUCUGCAUCUCUUCCCUCUGCUCCCUUCACAGAAGCGUCCUUAAAGGAACCAGCAACAGACAUUUGGCUCAGUUACACUAAGCGUCUAUUUUUACUCUAAGGGUGGGGUGCUUCUGUGAUGGUGUCCUGCGGUAGCUUACCUCCACUGGCACGCAAGGAUGCUAGCUGACCCAAUCCACAUUGGAUUAUACCAAUGAUAGUCCGGAACGGGGGUGUGUAAAGGAUAUAAUUUGGAAAUUGUCCCCACACUCUGUACCACAGUGACACCCAUUGCUGGCCAUCAGUGGUAAAAUAAAAACAGGAAUGUUAAAAAUGA